CCAGCUGCCGGCUGCCCACAUGACCACUGUGAGAUGGUCAGCCCAGGCUCUGACAGCGGAAGUCUCACCACAGAUGAGAGCGGCCUGCCAGUGAAGAGGAACAAGUAUGCCAAAAUCUCCAUAGGAACUUGCAGCAACUGCGGUCAAGGGAAGCAACCCAUGGUGAACUGGGCGGAGUUACUGCCCCCGCCCCCGGAGCACCCGCCCCCAAGCGAGAUGGGCGACUCGGGCGACUCCAUGCACCGCCACAACAACAGCAACAACAUGGCGGAGACCCGCUUCAUCAACAACCGCAGCCCCAUUUCGCCCGUCUCCAAGAUCUCCGCCUGCUCUUGCCCGAUCCCGCACGACCGUAUGGUCCCCAAUCUCCGAGCCAACAUCCCGUACUCGGACAUCGAGUACCCCACCCACCCCGGCCCGGCGCACUCGCGUUACCAUGGCGACACCUACCAGGAUGGUAGCGGUGGGAGUUGUGCGGGUGGUAGCGGUAGCGGAGGAGGGGGAGGAGGAGGAGGAAGUGGGAGCAGCAAUUACAACUCGGACGCUCGCUCCUACUCUCCGAAACCUGUGGGCUCGGUGCGCUCCCAGCAGACGACGACGGAUGCGCUGCUACACCGCUGUCAGUCGCCGCUGUCCUGCCACAACUGCGGCAGCAGCAUCCACCAGCACCAACAGCAGCAGCAGCAGCAGCAGCAGCAGUCCGCGACAGCUUCAGCAAUGUCCACCUCCUCCUCGGCACCACCACCACCACCACCUUUGUCGUCGUCGUCGUCGUACAACCCUCACCUUCACCACCACCCCGCGGCCCACCCAGAGAACUUUGUGACGUUAGCCGGGGCGGGCGGCCAGAGGGUGUGCCUGCCCGACAUCAACGACCAGAGGGCGGCCGGGGGCGGGCUCUACUCCCCGAUCGCCGGAGUGGGCGGGGCUUACCCCCCUCAGGCCAGCAUGGCGGGCAGUUUCUCCCAGCAGCAAGGGGGCGGGGCUUGCCCGUACAGCCCACCCCCUCCCUACCCGUACCCCAACCCUCCCCCGGCGUUGCACGGGUACCGAAUCCCUCCCUUGGAAUCCAGUGAUCAGAGAAAUUCUAGCGACCUUGAGCAAGUGGCUCAGGGGCGGGGCUACCCGUCUGGGGGCGGAGCCAUGCAGGAUGGCGGGCCACACAUGGAUCGGGCCUGUCAGUCAUCUCUGCCCAGCUUAGCCAAUGAGUGCAUGCAGCCUGGGUAUGGACGAAGGUAG